AUGACUCUGGUGGCACAGCCAGGGCUGCCCAGCAGGUUAAAUAAUUCCCUCUGCUCUUCCCACAGGCUGCUGAGUAACAACAAGAUCACGGUGCUGGAGAACGGCUCCUUCUUCGGGCUGCGGGCUCUGGAGAAGCUGGACCUGAAGAACAACCUGAUCAGCACGGUCCAGCCGGGCGCCUUCCUUGGCCUCCCUGAGCUGAAGCGUCUGGACCUCUCCAACAACCGCAUCGGCUGCCUCAGUGCCAGCGUCUUCCAGGGGCUCUCCAACCUCCUCAGGCUGAACAUGUCCGGGAACAUUUUCUCCAGCCUCCCACCUGGUGUCUUCGACGAGCUUCCCUCCCUGAAAGUUGUGCGCCAGGUGGUUUCCCAGGGCGACCGGCUGCCCUUCCAGUGCACCGCUACCUACUUGGACAACAGCACCCGGAUCCGGUGGUACCACAACCAGCAGCCGGUGCAGGAGGACGAGCAGACGGGAGUCAUCGUGGAGGAGAGCCUGAUCCAUGACUGCACCUUCAUCACCAGCGAGCUCAUCCUCUCCAACAUCCACGUUUCCGCCAACGGCGAGUGGGAAUGCGCCGUCUCCACCUCCCAGGGCAACGUCAGCAAGAAGGUGGAGAUCGUGGUGCUGGAGACCUCCGCGUCCUAUUGCCCUGCUGAGCGGGUCACCAACAACCGCGGGGACUUCAGCACCAGCGCCUUUGAAGGGCUUCCCGUGCCGGCGGCACAGCCCGGCUCCGGCAGCAGAGGUGUUGGAAUUUCUCUGGCACGAGACGAAAGGCUCCAGGCGCCCGAGCUGAGCGGGUUCCCCAGCGAGGCACGAGGUGCUGGGGAGGUGCUGCACCCAGCCAUGUACACCUGCACAGCCGUGCUGCUGCUCUGCCUCUUCACCACCAUCAUCACCUACAUCGUCAACCACGGGAAGACUCCAAUAGUCGGCAUCAUCUUGCACUACUCGUCCCUCUCCACCCUGCUGUGGAUGGCAGUGAAGGCCAGAGUGCUCUACAAGGAGGUGACCUGGAAGGCACCACGGCAGCCGGAGGGGGACGUGUCCCAGCUGCCCCCCAGACCCAUGCUACGGUUCUACCUGAUCGCUGGUGGGAUCCCCCUCAUCAUCUGUGGGAUCACGGCCGCUGUCAACAUCCACAACUACCACGACAACAACCCCUACUGCUGGCUGGUGUGGCGGCCCAGCCUGGGGGCUUUCUAUGUCCCCGUGGCUUUCAUCUUGCUUGUCACCUGGAUUUACUUCCUCUGUGCCGGGCUCAGCCUCCAGUGCCGACCGUCACGCCGGAAAGACAUCCCCGAGCAGCUGGAGCCACCACCACGACUCGGGGGUGCUGCUGACCUCCUGACAGACUCCGGCUCCAUCUCAGUCACGCUGAACUCGGGGCCUUCCUGCCCUGAGGUGGACGGCGUCUACUCCCUGCAGGUGCAGUUCUGGGCACUGGUGACCACCCACGCCUUGUAUGUCGCCCUGUGGAUAUUCGGCGCCAUGGCCGUGUCGCAGCGCUGGUACCUCAACAUCGUCUUCAGCUGCCUUUACGGCGUCACCGCCGUGGCGCUGGGACUCUUCAUCUUCAUCCACCACUGCGUCCGGCGCCGGGACGUCCUCAACUCCUGGUUCUCCUGCUGCCCGUCCUACAGGAACGCACUGCCCAUGCAGGCGUACGUCCACCCGGGGCUGGUGCCGGAGGACGGCUCGCAGGUCUUCAUCGGCUGCGACCCGGAGGCAGCUCGUUCCGGUGCCUCCUCCUCGCCCAGCAGUGCUGGCUCGGCCGGGGGCCGCUGCAAGCUCACCAACCUGCAGGUAGCCCAGAGCCAGGGCAGCGCUGCAGAGAGGGAGGCCAAGCGCCGCUCCUACCCGCUGAACGUGGCCAGCCACAACGGCGGCCUCAAGGGCAGCAAGUACGACAUCAACCUGGCCAGCGCCGACAGCGUGGCCGGGAUGAAGACCGGCCUCUGGAAGAGCGAAACCACCGUGUGA